AUGGGUGCCGGCCGGAGGAAGCUGGCCCUGCUCUGGGCCCUGGGCCUCACUCUGGCCUGUGCCCAGCACACAGGCCAGGCCCGGGACAGCGCUGCAGAGCUCGGCUAUGAGUACCCGGACCUCCCUCCUGCCCCCCAAGGGCCUGGCGGCAACUCCCUCCGCGGGGUGACCAUCCACCCGCCUCUGAGGAGCAGCCCCCUGGUGCGAGCCCUGAACGCGGCGCACGGCGGGCGGGUGUGCAGCACGUGGGGCGACUUCCACUACAAGACCUUCGACGGCGACGUCUUCCGCUUCCCCGGGCUGUGCAACUACGUCUUCUCCGCGCACUGCGGUGCCGCCUACGAGGACUUCAACCUCCAGCUCCGCCGCGGCCCAGGCCCCAACGCCACCGCGCCCAGCAGGGUCACCAUGAAGCUUGACGGCAUGGUUGUCGAGCUGACAAAGGGCUCCGUGCUGGUCAACGGCCGCCCAGCUCAGCUGCCCUUCAGCCACUCCGGAGUCUUCAUUGAGCAGAGCAGCAGCUACGUGAAGGUGGCGGCCAAGCUGGGCCUGGUCUUCAUGUGGAACCAGGAUGACAGCCUUCUGCUGGAGCUGGACGCCAAGUACGCCAACCAGACCUGCGGGCUCUGCGGAGACUUCAAUGGCGUCCCCAUCUUCAACGAGUUCUUCUCCCACAACAUCAAGCUGACCCCCACCGAGUUUGGGAAUCUGCAGAAGAUGGACGGCCCCACGGAGCGGUGUCAGGACCCCGCCCCUGAGCCCCCCACGAACUGCUUGACCGGUUUUGGCAUCUGCGAGGAGGUGUUGAGCAGCGAGCUCUUCUCGGACUGUGCCGCCCGGGUGGACACCAGCAGCUACCUGGAGGCCUGCCGGCAAGACCUCUGCCGCUGUGACCGGGCCAACCCCAGCAGCUGCCUCUGCCACACGCUCGCCGAGUACUCACGCCAGUGCUCCCACGCCGGGGGGCUGCCCCUGGACUGGCGGCGCCCCCAGCUCUGCCCGCAGACGUGCCCCCUCAACAUGCAGUACCGCGAGUGCGGGUCGCCCUGCGCGGACACCUGCUCCAACCCCGAGCACUCCCCGCUCUGUGAGGACCACUGCGUCGCCGGCUGCUUCUGCCCCGAGGGGACGGUGCUGGAUGACAUUGGCCAUGCUGGCUGCAUCCCGGUGCCCCAGUGCUCCUGUGUGUACAACGGGGCCACCUACACUCCAGGGACCGGCUACUCCACAGACUGCACCAACUGCACCUGCUCUGGAGGCCGGUGGAGAUGCCAGGAGGUGCAGUGCCCGGGCACCUGCUCGGUGCUGGGCGGUGCCCACUUCUCCACGUUCGACGAGCGGCAGUACACGGUACAUGGGGACUGCAGCUACGUGCUGGCCAAGCCCUGUGACAGCAGCGCCUUCACCGUGCUGGCCGAGCUGCGCAGGUGUGGGCUGACCGACAGCGAGACCUGCCUGAAGAGCCUGACGCUGAUCCUGGGCGGGGGGCACAUGGUCUUCGUGGUAAAGGCCAGCGGGGAGGUGUUUGUGAACCAGAUCUACACCCAGCUGCCCCUCUCGGCAGCCAACGUCACGCUCUUCAGACCCUCCACCUUCUUCAUCAUCGCCCAGACCCAGCUGGGCCUGCAGCUGGACGUCCAGCUGGUGCCCGUCAUGCAGGUGUUCGUGAGGCUGGCGCCCCAGCUCCGGGGGCAGACCUGCGGCCUGUGCGGGAACUUCAACCAGAACCAGGCCGACGACUUCCGGACCAUCAGCGGUGUGGUGGAGGGCACGGCCGCCGCCUUCGCCAACACCUGGAAGACCCAGGCCGCCUGCCCCAACGUCAAGAACGGCUUCGAGGACCCCUGCUCCUUCAGCGUGGAGAACGAGAAGUACGCUCAGCGCUGGUGCUCGCGGCUGACAGACCCCCACAGCCCCUUCGCCCGGUGUCACGCUGCUGUGAACCCCAGCGCCUACUACUCGAACUGCAUGUUCGACACGUGCAGCUGCGAGAAGAGUGAGGACUGCAUGUGCGCGGCCCUGUCCUCCUACGUGCGGGCCUGCGCUGCCCGGGGUGUGCUGCUCGGCGGCUGGCGGGACGGCGUGUGCACAAAGCCCAUGACCACCUGCCCCAAGUCGCUGACCUACCUCUACAACAUCAGCACCUGUCAGCCCACCUGCCGGGCCCGGAGUGACGCGGACGUCACCUGCAGCGUCAGCUUCGUUCCCGUGGACGGCUGCACCUGCCCUGACGGCACCUUCCUGGAUGAUAUGGGCAAGUGUGUGCCAGCCACCAGCUGCCCCUGCUACCGUGGGGGCUCCGUGGUCCCCGAUGGGGAGUCGACGCACGAGCAGGGGGUCAUCUGCACCUGCACCCAGGGCACACUGACUUGCAUCGGAGGUCACGCCCCAGCUCCAGUCUGUACCCCACCAAUGGUCUACUUCGACUGCCGCAAUACCACGCCUGGGGCCGCUGGGGCCGGCUGUCAGAAGAGCUGCCACACCCUGGACAUGGACUGUUACAGCUCCCAAUGUGUGCCGGGCUGUGUGUGUCCCCACGGGCUGGUGGCCAAUGGCGACGGCGGCUGCAUCCCUGUGUCCGACUGCCCUUGUGUGCACAACGAGGCCAGCUACCAGCCGGGCCAGAUCAUCCGGGUGGGCUGCAACACCUGCACCUGUAAGAGCAGGAUGUGGCAGUGCACAGACCAGCCCUGCCCGGCCACCUGCGCGGUGUACGGCGACGGCCACUACCUCACCUUCGACGGGCAGCGCUACAGCUUCAGCGGAGACUGCGAGUACACGCUGCUUCAGGACCACUGCGGGGGGAACGGCAGCGCCCAGGACGGCUUCCGCGUCAUCACCGAGAACGUCCCCUGCGGCACCACCGGGACCACCUGCUCCAAGGCCAUCAAGAUCUUCCUGGGGAGCUACGAGCUGAAGCUGAGUGACGGGAACGUGGAGGUGAUCGAGAAGGAACGGGGGCAGCUGCCACCCUUCUCCAUCCGCCAGAUGGGCAUCUACCUGGUGGUAGACACGGAUGUCAGCCUGGUGUUGCUGUGGGACAAGGGGACCAGCAUCUUCCUCAGACUCAGCCCCGAGUUCAAGGGGAGGGUCUGCGGCCUGUGCGGGAACUUUGACGACAAUGCCCUCAACGACUUCACCACGCGGAGCCAGUCCGUGGUGGGCGACGCGCUGGAGUUCGGCAACAGCUGGAAAUUCUCGCCGUCCUGCCUGGACGCCCAGGCCCCCAAGGACCCCUGCGCCGCCAACCCGUACCGCAAGCCCUGGGCCCAGAAGCAGUGCAGCAUCGUCAACAGCGCCACCUUCAGCGCCUGCCACGCCCACGUGGAGUCGGCCAGGUACUACGAGGCCUGCGUGAGCGACGCAUGUGCCUGCGACUCGGGGGGUGACUGUGAGUGUUUCUGCACGGCCGUGGCCGCCUACGCCCAGGCUUGUCACGAAGCGGGCGUGUGCGUGUCCUGGCGGACCCCGGACGUCUGCCCCCUCUUCUGUGACUACUACAACCCCCAGGGCCACUGCGAGUGGCACUACCAGCCCUGCGGGGCCCCCUUCCUGAGGACCUGCCGGAACCCCCGCGGCCAGUACCUGCACGACGCCCGCGGCCUGGAAGGCUGCUACCCCAAGUGCCCAUCAGAGGCCCCCAUCUUCGAUGAGGACCAGAUGCGAUGUGUAGCUUCAUGCCCAACCCCGACCCCACCAACGCCCUGCCGUGUCCAGGGCAAGUCCUACCGGCCGGGCUCCACGGUGCCCUUGGAAAAGAACUGCCACGACUGCGUUUGCACCGAGAGCGGCGUGCAUUGCACCUACGACUCUGAGGCCUGUGUCUGCACCUACGACGGGAAGCGCUUCCGUCCCGGGGAAGUCAUCUACCACACGACGGACGGCACGGGGGGCUGCAUCUCCGCCCACUGUGGGGCUAACGGCACCAUCGAGAGGAGGGUCGAAGCCUGCAGCCCUACCCCCCGCACCCCCCAAACCACCUUCAUCUUCUCUACAACCCCAUUCGUCAUGAGCUCCACGCUUCCACCCAGCACACACCCCAGCCCCUCCGAAAGCACAGCACACACUCCGAGCUCGGCCCCGGCCACCACCCCGGGCACAUCCCCUGGACCAACUCCUCCCACAGCCUCCUCCCCGCCCUCGUCCCGGCCGCACUGUGGGGAGGAGUGCCAGUGGUCGCCGUGGCUGGAUGUCAGCCGUCCGGGAUGGGGCAUAGACAGCGGUGACUUCGACACGCUGGAGAACCUCCGUGCCUACGGGUACCGGGUUUGCCGAGCGCCGAGGGCGGUGGAGUGCCGAGCCGAGGGUGCCCCCGAGGUGCCGCUGGAAGUCCUGGGGCAGCACGUGGAGUGCAGCCCGAUGGUGGGGCUGACCUGCUACAACAGGGACCAGGCCUCUGGGCGCUGUGACAACUACCAGAUCAGGAUCCUGUGCUGCUCCCCCCGGGCCUGCGCCACUAGCAGUACAGAGACCACCCCUCCUGCAACCUUCAGCACGACUGAAACUGGGCCCACGCCAGGAACCAGCAGGGUUACAUCUGUGCCGACAGGGAGCACAGGUUCCUCAGCCCCUGUCACCACACCUGGCCCAACCACUGCCUCUACGACUAGCAAAACACCUGGCCCAGGUACCUCUACACCUGCCCCAGGUACCUCAACAACUGGGAAAACAACCCUCUCGACUCCCAGCCGAGCGCCAGUUUCAACAACAGUUACAACCACAGCCUCUGUGUCAACCACAACCCCAGGGACCUCGAAGGGAACGUCAUCUGAGCCAACCCAGGUCACCUGUUUACAAGAAUCAUGCACCUGGACCAAGUGGAUUGACGGCAGCUACCCAGGGGCAGGGAGGAACAGUGGAGAUUUUGACAGUUUUCAGAAUCUGAGAUCCAAAGGUUAUAAAUUCUGUGCAAAGCCCAAGAACGUGGAAUGCCGGGCAGAGGUCUUUCCCAACACCCCACUGCAGGCACUGGGGCAGAACCUGAUCUGUGACAAAAAUGUGGGGCUGAUUUGCUGGAACAAAGACCAGCUGCCCCCCAUCUGCUACAACUACCAAAUCCGGAUCCUGUGCUGUGAGGUGGUGGACGUUUGCAGAACAAAGACCACACCCCCUACCACACCUGGGCCCACACAGACGACCACAGGCGAAACCAGCACUGCCCGGGCCACUGCAACCUUCUCGUCUUCCACACAACACAGCACUGCCAGCUCGGCACACGUGCCCCCAAGAACGAGGGUCACAGCCAGAACAAAUGAGCGGACCUCUCCAGGGACCACCUCCUGCCAGCCACAGUGCACGUGGACCAAGUGGUUCGAUGCGGACUUCCCAUCUCCUGGGCCCCACGGAGGAGACUUUGAAACCUACAGCAACAUCGUCAGAAGAGGAGAGAAGAUCUGCCACCGACCCGAAUACAUCAACGCCCUGGAGUGCCGAGCCAAGAACCACCCAGAUGUCAGCAUCCAGACGCUGGGGCAAGUGGUGCAGUGCAGCCCGGAAGUGGGCUUGGUGUGUCGGAACCGGGACCAGAAGGGCCAGUUCAGGAUGUGCCUCAACUACGAGGUGCGCGUGCUGUGCUGUGAGCCCCAGGAAGGCUGCCCUGUCACACAUGUCACAGUUCCCAGCACCUCAAGUACAAGCAGCCCAACCACAGCUCCUAGAACCAGCACCACCACUGUGGAGACAACCGGCCCAACAUCAGCUCCUACAACCAGCACCACCACUGUUGAGACAGUCAGCACAACCACAGCUCCUACAACCAGCACCACCACUGUGGAGACAACCAGCCCAACCACAGCUCCUACAACCAGCACCACCACUGUGGAGACAACCGGCCCAACAUCAGCUCCUACAACCAGCACAACUUUUGUCCCUAUACCUGAAACUACUCCCUCCCAACCCGGGACCACCUCCUGCCAGCCACAGUGCACGUGGACCAAGUGGUUCGAUGCGGACUUCCCAUCUCCUGGGCCCCAAGGAGGAGACUUUGAAACCUACAGCAACAUCGUCAGAAGAGGAGAGAAGAUCUGCCACCGACCCGAAUACAUCAACGCCCUGGAGUGCCGAGCCAAGAACCACCCAGAUGUCAGCAUCCAGACGCUGGGGCAAGUGGUGCAGUGCAGCCCGGAAGUGGGCUUGGUGUGUCGGAACCGGGACCAGAAGGGCAAGUUCAGGAUGUGCCUCAACUACGAGGUGCGCGUGCUGUGCUGUGAGCCCCAGGAAGGCUGCCCUGUCACACAUGUCACAGUUCCCAGCACCUCAAGUGUGAGUGUCACCAGCCACACAAGGACCACCUCCCAUGAGGCCACAUCCAGUGCAACCACUGUGCAGACAACCAGCCCAACCGCAGUGCCUAUAACCAGCACAGCCUCUGUGGAGACAACCAGCACAACCUCAGCUCCUCCAACCAGCACCACCACUACAACCCGCCCAACCACAGCUCCUACAACCAGCACAGCCUCUGUGGAGACAACCAGCCCAACCACAGCUCCUAGAACCAGCACCACCACUGUUGAGACAGCCAGCAAAACCUCAGCUCCUAGAACCAGCACCACCACUGUUGAGACAGCCAGCAAAACCUCAGCUCCUACAACCAGCACCACCACUGUGGAGACAACUGGCCCAACCACAGCUCCUAGAACCAGCACCACCACUGUGGAGACAACUGGCCCAACCACAGCUCCUAGAACCAGCACCACCACUGUUGAGACAACCAGCACAACCUCAGCUCCUACAACCAGCACAACAUCUGUGGAGACAACCAGCUCAACCUCAGCUCCUACAACCAGCACAAUCUCUGUGCAGACAACCAGCCCAAGCACAGCACUUACAAUUAGCACCACCACUGUGGGGACAACCAGCCCAAUCACAGCUCCUAAAACCAGCACCACCACUGUGGAGACAACAAGCCCAACUGCAGCUCCUAGAACCAGCACCACCACUGUUGAGACAGCCAGCACAACCUCAGCUCCUACAACCAGCACCACCACUGUGGAGACAACUGGCCCAACCACAGCUCCUAGAACCAGCACCACCACUCAGGAGACAACCAGUCCAACCACAGGUCCUACAAUUAGCACCACCACUGUGGAGACAACCAGCACCACCACUGUGGAGACAACUGGCCCAACCACAGCUCCUGCAACCAGCACCACCACUGCUGAGACAGUCAGCACAACCACAGCUCCUACAACCAGCACCACUACUGUGGAGACAGCCAGCACAACCCCAGUUCCUACAAUUAGCACCACCACUACAACCAGCCCAACCACAGCUCCUACAACCAGCACCACCACUGUUGAGACAGCCAGCACAACCUCAGCUCCUACAACCAGCACCACCACUGUGGAGACAACUGGUCCAACCACAGCUCCUACAACCAGCACCACCACUGCUGAGACAGUCAGCACAACCAAAGCUCCUACAACCAGCACCAACACUGUGGAGACAGCCGGCCCAACAUCAGCUCCUACAACCAGCACAACUUUUGUCCCUAUACCUGAAACUACCCCCUCCCAACCUGGGACCACCUCCUGCCAGCCACAGUGCACGUGGACCAAGUGGUUCGAUGUGGACUUCCCAUCUCCUGGGCCCCACGGAGGAGACUUUGAAACCUACAGCAACAUCGUCAGAAGAGGAGAGAAGAUCUGCCACCGACCCGAAUACAUCAGCGCCCUGGAGUGCCGAGCCGAGAACCACCCAGAGGUCAGCAUCCAGACGCUGGGGCAGGUGGUGCAGUGCAGCCCGGAAGUGGGCUUGGUGUGUCGGAACCGGGACCAGAAGGGCCAGUUCAGGAUGUGCCUCAACUACGAGGUGCGCGUGCUGUGCUGUGAGCCCCAGGAAGGCUGCCCUGUCACACAUGUCACAGUUCCCAGCACCUCAAGUGUGAGUGUCACCAGCCACACAAGGACCACCUCCCAUGAGGCCACAUCCAGUGCAACCACUGUGCAGACAACCAGCCCAACCGCAGUGCCUAUAACCAGCACAGCCUCUGUGGAGACGACCAGCACAACCUCAGCUCCUACAACCAGCAGCACCACUGUUGAGACAACCAGCAAAACCUCAGCUCCUAGAACCAGCACCACCACUGUGGAGACAACUGGCCCAACCACAGCUCCUACAAGAAGUACCACCACUGUGGAGACAAGCAGCCCAACCACAGCUCCUAGAACCAGCACCACCACUGUGGAGACAACCGGCCCAACAUCAGCUCCUACAACCAGCACCACCACUGUUGAGACAGUCAGCACAACCACAGCUCCUACAACCAGCACCACCACUGUGGAGACAACCAGCCCAACCACAGCUCCUACAACCAGCACCACCACUGUGGAGACAACCGGCCCAACAUCAGCUCCUACAACCAGCACAACUUUUGUCCCUAUACCUGAAACUACUCCCUCCCAACCCGGGACCACCUCCUGCCAGCCACAGUGCACGUGGACCAAGUGGUUCGAUGCGGACUUCCCAUCUCCUGGGCCCCAAGGAGGAGACUUUGAAACCUACAGCAACAUCGUCAGAAGAGGAGAGAAGAUCUGCCACCGACCCGAAUACAUCAGCGCCCUGGAGUGCCGAGCCAAGAACCACCCAGAUGUCAGCAUCCAGACGCUGGGGCAAGUGGUGCAGUGCAGCCCGGAAGUGGGCUUGGUGUGUCGGAACCGGGACCAGAAGGGCCAGUUCAGGAUAUGCCUCAACUACGAGGUGCGCGUGCUGUGCUGUGAGCCCCAGGAAGGCUGCCCUGUCACACAUGUCACAACAACCAGCCCAACCGCAGUGCCUAUAACCAGCACAGCCUCUGUGGAGACAACCAGCACAACCUCAGCUCCUCCAACCAGCACCACCACUGUUGAGACAGCCAGCACAACCUCAGCUCUUACAACCAGCACCACUAGUGUGGAGACAGCCAGCACAACCCCAGUUCCCACAAUUAUCACCACCACUGUGGAGACAACCCGCCCAACCACAGCUCCUACAACCAGCACAGCCUCUGUGGAGACAACCAGCCCAACCACAGUUCCUAGAACCAGCACCACCACUGUUGAGACAGCCAGCAAAACCUCAGCUCCUACAACCAGCACCACCACUGUGGAGACAACCAGCCCAACCACAGCUCCUAGAACCAGCACCACCACUGUGGAGACAACUGGCCCAACCACAGCUCCUACAAGAAGUACCACCAUUGUGGAGACAACCAGCCCAACCACAGCUCCUAGAACCAGCACCACCACUGUUGAGACAACCAGCACGACCUCAGCUCCUACAACCAGCACCACCACUGUGGAGACAACUGGCCCAACCACAGCUCCUAGAACCAGCACCACCACUGUUGAGACAACCAGCACAACCUCAGCUCCUACAACCAGCACAACAUCUGCGGAGACAACCAGCUCAACCUCAGCUCCUACAAGCAGCACAACAUCUGCGGAGACAACCAGCACAACCUCAGCUCCUUCAACCAGCACCACCACUGCUGAGACAGUCAGCACAACCACAGCUCCUACAACCAGCACCACUACUGUGGAGACAGCCAGCACAACCCCAGUUCCUACAAUUAGCACCACCACUACAGCCAGCACAACCUCAGCUCCUACAACCAGCACCACCACUGUGGAGACAACCAGCACCACCACUGUGGAAACAACCAGCACAACAUCAGCUCCUACAACCAGCACAACUUUUGUCCCUAUACCUGAAACUACCCCCUCCCAACCUGGGACCACCUCCUGCCAGCCACAGUGCCUGUGGACCAAGUGGUUCGAUGUGGACUUCCCAUUUCCUGGGCCCCACGGAGGAGACUUUGAAACCUACAGCAACAUCGUCAGAAGAGGAGAGAAGAUCUGCCACCGACCCGAAUACAUCAACGCCCUGGAGUGCCGAGCCGAGAACCACCCAGAUGUCAGCAUCCAGACGCUGGGGCAGAUGGUGCAGUGCAGCCCGGAAGUGGGCUUGGUGUGUCGGAACCGGGACCAGAAGGGCAAGUUCAGGAUGUGCCUCAACUACGAGGUGCGCGUGCUGUGCUGUGAGCCUCAGAAAGGCUGCCCUGUCACACAUGUCACAGUUCCCAGCACCUCAGGUGUGAGUGUCACCAGCCACACAAGGACCACCUUCCAUGAGGCCACAUCCAGUGCAACCACUGUGCAGACAACCAGCCCAACCGCAGUGCCUAUAACCAGCACAACCUCCAUGGAGACAACCAGUACAACCUCUGUGGAGACAACCAGCACAACCUCAGCUCCUACAGAAGGCCCAACCUCUGUGGAGAUGACCAGCGCAACCACAGCUCCUACAACCAGCCCAACCACAGUUCCUAUAACCAGCACAACCUCUGUGGAGACAACCAGCCCAACCACAGCUCCUACAACCAGCACCACCACUGUUGAGACAACCAGCCCAACCACAGCUCCUAGAACCAGCACCACCACUGUUGAAACGACCAGCACAACCUCAGCUCCUACAACCAGCACAACAUCUGUGGAGACAACCAGCUCAACCUCAGCUCCUACAACCAGCACAAUCUCUGUGCAGACAACCAGCCCAAGCACAGCACUUACAAUUAGCACCACCACUGUGGGGACAACCAGCCCAAUCACAGCUCCUAAAACCAGCACCACCACUGUGGAGACAACAAGCCCAACCACAGGUCCUACAACCAGCACAGCCUCUGUGGAGACAACCAGCCCAACCACACCUCCUAUAAUUAGCACCACCACUCAGGAGACAACCAGCCCAACCACAGGUCCUACAAUUAGCACCACCACUGUGGAGACAACCAGCCCAACCACAGCUCCUCCAACCAGUACCAUCACUGUGGACACAACCAGCCCAACCACAGGUCCUACAUCCAGCACAACUUUUGUCCCUAUACCUGAAACUACCCCCUCCCAACCUGGGACCACCUCCUGCCAGCCACAGUGCACGUGGACCAAGUGGUUCGAUGUGGACUUCCCAUCUCCUGGGCCCCACGGAGGAGACUUUGAAACCUACAGCAACAUCGUCAGAAGAGGAGAGAAGAUCUGCCACCGACCCGAAUACAUCAACGCCCUGCAGUGCCGAGCCGAGAACCACCCAGAUGUCAGCAUCCAGACGCUGGGGCAGGUGGUGCAGUGCAGCCCGGAAGUGGGCUUGGUGUGUCGGAACCAGGACCAGAAGGGCAAGUUCAGGAUGUGCCUCAACUACGAGGUGCGCGUGCUGUGCUGUGAGCCCCAGAAAGGCUGCCUUGUCAACUCUGUGACUCCCUUUGUGACUUCAAGUCCCCAGUCCUCACUCUCUCCCGAGUCCACCACCUUCACGGUUUCCCUGGUGACCUCCCCCAGCUCUGCAGCGCCCUCCACCUCCACGUGCUACUGCAGUGUGGCCCACGGGUUCUACUCCGCAGGAUCCAUCAUUUACCAACAGACGGACCUCUCCGGGCACUGCUAUUAUGCCGUUUGCAGCCUGGACUGCCACGUGGUCAGGCGGACCGACCACACCUGUCCCACCAGCACGCCACCUCCCGCCCCGGCCACCUCCACGCCAGCGUCCUCCCCUUCUGCCUCUGUGCCCGUUCCUCAGCGAGGAUGCCCAAAUGCAGUCCCCCCAAGAAUGAAAGGUGAAACCUGGGCCAUGCCCAACUGCUCUGAGGCCACUUGUGAGGGCAACGGGGCCAUCACUGUGAGGUCGCGCCAGUGUCCAAAGGUGCAGGAGCUCACCUGCGCCAAUGGCUACCCCGCUGUGACGGUGGCCAACCAGGAGGACUGCUGCCCACACUACACGUGCCAGUGCGUGUGUAGCGGCUGGGGCGACCCCCACUACAUCACUUUUGAUGGCACAUACUACAUGCUUCUGGAUAACUGCACGUACGUGCUGGUGCAGCAGAUCGUGCCCGUGUUCGGACACUUCCGGGUGCUGAUCGACAACUACUUCUGUGAUGCUGAGGAUAAGCUGUCCUGCCCACAGUCCAUCAUCGUCGAGUACCAGCAGGACCGCGUCGUGCUGACCCGCAAGCCCGUCCGAGGGGUGAUGACCAAUGAGAUCAUCUUCAACGGUGAGGUGGUCAGACCCGGCUUCCAGAAAGACGGCAUCAUCGUCUCCCAAAUCGGCAUCAAGAUGUACGUGGCCAUCCCCGCCCUCGGUGUCCAGGUCAUGUUCAGCGGCCUCAUCUUCUCCGUGGAGGUGCCUUUCAGCAAGUUCAGCAACAACACGGAAGGGCAGUGCGGCACCUGUACCAACGACCAGAAGGACGAGUGCCGCCUGCCCGGGGGGGCGGUGGUAUCUUCUUGCUCCGACAUGUCCGGCCACUGGAAUGUGACAUACCCCGGCCAGCCAUCCUGCCACAGGCCUCCCCUGACGCCCACCACAGUUGAGCCCAAGAUAUCGCCCACCUCGUGCCCACCUUCGCCAAUCUGCCUGCUAAUUCUGAGCGAGGUCUUCAAGCCGUGUCACUCGGUGAUCCCCCCGUGGCCAUACUACCAAGGCUGCAUCUUCGACCAGUGCCACAUGCCCAGGGGGGACGUGGUGUGCUCCAGCCUGGAGCUGUACGCCGCCCUGUGUGCUUCGCUCAGUGUGUGCAUCGACUGGCGGGGCCUGACCAACCACACGUGCUCUUUCACCUGCCCUGCUGACAAGGUGUACCGGCCCUGCGGCCCAUCCAAUCCUUCCUACUGUUACAUGAACGACAGUGCCAACACCCUGGCCCUCCCGGAAGCCAUUCCCAUCACGGAAGGCUGCUUCUGCCCGGAGGACAUGAUGCUGUUCAGCUCGGGCACGGAGGUCUGCGUGCCAGCCAACUGCAGCAGUUGCCUGGGGCCCCACGGGGAGCCAGUGGAGCCUGGCCACACUGUCAGCGUGGGCUGUCAAGAGUGCACCUGCAAGGGCAGCACCCGGACUCUGAGCUGCCAGACUCGGCCCUGCCCCCUGCCCCCCACCUGCCCCGAGCCCGGCUUCGUGCCAGUGCCCGCGGCCCUGCAGACCGGCCAGUGCUGUCCCCAGUACACCUGCGUCUGCAACGCCACACACUGCCCCGCGCCCGUGGACUGUCCGGAAGGCUCCCGCUCCGUCCUGACCUACAAGGAAGGGGCUUGCUGCCCGACCCAAAACUGCAGCUGGACCGUCUGCAGCAUCAACGGCACCUUGUACCAGCCUGGUGCCAUAGUUUCCUCGAACCUGUGCGAAAAGUGUUGGUGUGAGUCGGCCGGUGGCCCCCAGUCGGACACGUUCGUGAUCAGCUGUGAGACCCAGAUCUGCAGCACCCGUUGCCCCGUGGGCUUCGAGUACCAGACACGGAGCGGGCAGUGCUGUGGCGAGUGUGUACAGGUGGCCUGUGUCAUGAACCCCAGCAGCAGCUCCGCCCACCUCUUCUACCCCGGCGAGUCCUGGUCAGACCCCAGGAGCCGCUGCGUGACACACGAGUGUGAGAAGCACCAGGAUGGGCUCGUGGUGGUGACCACGAAGAAGGCGUGUCCCCCACUCAGCUGUCCUGCGGACAAGGCUCGGCUGAGCGAGGACGGCUGCUGCCUCGCCUGCCCCCAGAACAGGUCGACCUGCGCCGUGUACCACAAGCUCCAGGUCCUCCGGCAGCCAGGCUGCAGCUCCGUGGAGCCCGUGCGCCUCACCUACUGCCAGGGCAACUGUGGGGACACCAGCUCCGUGUACUCCCUGGAGGCCCACACUGUGGAGCACAGGUGCAGGUGCUGCCGUGAGCUGCGGGCCUCUCUGCGGAACGUGACCCUGCGCUGUGAGGACGGCUCCAGCCAGGCCUUCAGCUACACGGAGGUGGAGGAGUGCGGCUGCGUGGGCCUGCAGUGUGACUCCCACGGGGGCCUCAGCCGCUCAGGGGAGGUGCAGCUGGAGCAGGGUGCCGAGCGGAGCCAGGAGACGGGGCUCAGGCACUGGAGGAGAGGGGCCCCGGGUCCCCGGCCUUCGCAGUAG